UCAGUGUCGGCGCGUCCCCACUCGCUCCUUUUCCCUUCCACGCCACCUCCGUGGUUCUCAUUUCCCACACUUUCUCCUGACGUUUCUCACCUGACGCCGUCCCGGCGGUGUGCACGCGCGAAUCGUGCGUGUACGCGCGCGCAUGUGCGUGCGUAACGACCCCCCCGGACUACGAACCACGUCUCCCACGAGAGGUGGAGCGCACGCGCCCCGGCCGGGGUGAUGGCGCGCCUGGUGCGCACGCAUCACAAUCGCGGGAGGUGAGAGAAAAGGAAAGCAAAACAUUAGUGCGUCACAUCAAGUCCGCUAUGGCGCGCCGGAAGUCGCCUCCGGACUCCAAACCUUUGUCCAAAGUCUACUUUCUGAUUUGGCUGCUGCUCAUCUUCACGCCCAGAGUGGAUUCAUCGUGGUGGUACAUCGGCGCGUUGGGGGCGCGGGUGAUCUGCGACAACAUUCCGGGCCUGGUGAACAAGCAGCGGCAGCUCUGCCAGCGCCACCCGGAACUGAUGCAGUCCAUCGGGGAGGGCGCCAAGGAGUGGAUCAAGGAGUGCCAGCACCAGUUCAGACACCAGCGCUGGAACUGCAGCACCCUGGACCGGGACCACACCGUGUUUGGCAGGGUGAUGCUGCGAAGCAGCAGAGAAGCGGCGUUCGUGUACGCCAUCUCCUCGGCGGGCGUGGUCUACGCCAUCACCAGGGCCUGCAGCCAGGGCGAGAUCAAGAACUGCAGCUGCGACGGCCUCAAGCGCAGACAAGCCAGCGACCACCGGGGCGACUUCGCCUGGGGCGGCUGCAGCGACAACGUCAACUACGGCGUCAAGUUCGCCAAGGCCUUCGUGGACGCUCGCGAGAGGAUGGUGAAGGACGCCCGGGCGCUCAUGAACCUGCACAACAACCGCUGUGGACGCAUGGCGGUGAAGCGCUUCAUGAAGCUGCAGUGCAAGUGCCACGGCGUCAGCGGAUCCUGCUCCGUGAGGACCUGCUGGCUGGCCAUGUCCGACUUCAGGCGAACGGGCGACUACCUUUGCAAGAAGUACAACACGGCCGUGGAGGUGACCAUGAACCAGGACGGCACGGGCUUCAUGGUGGCCGACAGGGACUCCAAAGGCAGCGCCAAGAACGAGCUGGUGUACGUGGAGAACUCGCCGGAUUACUGCCUCAUGGACCGAGCCACAGGAUCAACGGGCACGGCGGGCCGGGUGUGCAACAAAUCCUCCCAGGGCACGGACGGCUGCGAGGUGAUGUGCUGUGGGCGGGGCUACGACACCACGCGGGUCCCACGCCGCAGCCAGUGCGAGUGUAAGUUCGACUGGUGCUGCGAGGUGAAGUGCAAAUACUGCGAGGACGUGGUGGACGUCCACACCUGCAAGCCCCACGAUUGGUUAAUCCGAACCUAGAGACGGGAUUUUUUUUUGUUUUCCACUCUCAAAACAUUUUCCCAGGAUCUUUACAGACUGCAAACUGGAAAAUAUGUCCAGUUAUUCAUUGCGAGCUGCUUUAUUUGGAUGUGGCUGACGAAUGUUUGACAGCACUAAUAUUAGCCAGAAUAUUUAGCACGCCGACAGAAAGAGAUAAGCCAGAGUGCGACUUUCCAUUUUUUUUAAAAAGCGCUACACAGCUGCUGAAAUGAAUGAAAUUGAAUUUCCUUUGCUGCUAUCGUGGACUUUGCAAAAAAAAAAAAGUUCCUCAUGUUGACAUUGGACACUUUUUCUCCCACAUUCACUUUUUAUGCCUCAUUGAAAUCUUGUUCAUUUCUACCUCUGCUCUUUGUCUUUGCUUGUUUUGAGUCACACAUUCAACCUCAAGACACUUUUUUUUUUUUUUCCCUCUGGAUGUUUUCAUUUCGUGGCCACAAACUAAAUUUCCAAAUAUUUUGAGUAUUUACAGUGGGGCGAAAAAGUAUUUAGUCAGCCACCGAUUGUGCAAGUUCUCCCACUUAAAAUGAUGACAGACGUCUGUAAUUUUCAUCGUAGGUACACUUCAACUGUGAGAGACAGAAUGUGAAAAAAAAAAUUCACAUUGUAGGAAUUUUAAAGAAUUUAUUUGUAAAUUAUGGUGGAAAAUAAGUAUUUGGUCAACCAUUCAAAGCUCUCACUGAUGGAAGGAGGUUUUGAUUCAAAAUUACACGAUACAUGGCCCCAUUCAUUCUUUCCUUAACACGGAUCAAUCGUCCUGUCCCCUUAGCAGAAAAACAGCCCCAAAGCAUGAUGUUUCCACCCCCACGCUUCACAGUAGGUGUGGUGUUCUUGGGAUGCAACUCAGUAUUCUUCUUCCUCCAAACACGACAAGUUGAGUUUAUGCCAAAAAGUUCUAUUUUGGUUUCUUCUGACCACAUGACAUUCUCCCAAUCCUCUGCUGUAUCAUCCAUGUAUCCAUUUUGGUAUAAACUCAACUGGUCGUGUUUGGAGGAAGAAGAAUACUGAGUUGCAUCCCAAGAACACCACACCUACUGUGAAGCAUGGGGGUGGAAACAUCAUGCUUUGGGGAAAAACAGCCCCAAUAAAUGUUGUUUCCACCCCCAUGGGUAAAAACAGCCCCCAAGCAUGAUAAUUCCACCCCCGUGCUUCACAGUAGGUAUGGUGUUCUUGGGAUGCAACUCAGUAUUCUUCUUCCUCCAAACACGACGAGUUGAGUUUAUACCAAAAUGGAUAGAUGGAUGAUACAGCAGAGGAUUGGGAGAAUGUCAUGUGGUCAGAUGAAACCAAAAUAGAACUUUUUGGUAUAAACUCAACUCGUCGUGUUUGGAGGAAGAAGAAUACUGAGUUGCAUCCCAAGAACACCAUACCUACUGUGAAGCAUGGGGGUGGAAACAUCAUGCUUUGGGGCUGUUUUUCUGCUAAGGGGACAGGACGAUUGAUCCGUGUCAAAGGGGAACAUUAUCACAAUUUCAAAAGGGUUAAAAACAAUAAAAAUCAGUUCCCAGUGGCUGGUUUUAUUUUUCGAAGUUUUUUUCAAAACUUUACACCUCUCGGAAUAGCCCUAAAAAAAGCUUUAAAGUUCUUGAUUUUCGUUAUUUGCGAUGCAACUGUCCAUUUCCCUGUCACGUCAUACAGUGCUGCCAAUACCAACAACAUGGCGGUUACCACAGCAAGAUAUAGCGACAUUAGCUCGGAUUCAGACCCGGAUUUCAGCGGCUUAAGCGAUUCAACAGAUUACGCAUGUAUUGGAACAGAUGGUCGGAGUAUGGAGGCUGAUAGCGAAAACGAAAUUGAAGAAUAAACUGAAGCUAUUGAGCGAAUGGCUAUUGACGCUAUUCGGCCAUAGCAUGGGUGUACUUAAUGAAGUGGCCCAUAGCAUGGCUGCCUUAUUAGCAUCGCCGGUAUAAUGUGCGGACCAAAAGAUCAGGACUUUGGCAUUUGUGACACUGGAGCCACUUAAAUCCGUUGAUUGGUAAGUGUUUGUUUCGCAUUAAAUGUGGGUAUCUAGUUUCAAAUGUACAUACAGCUAGUGUAAAUAGCAUGUUAGCAUCGAUUAGCGUAGCAUGUUAGCAUCGAUUAGCUGGCAGUCAUGCCGCGACCAAAUAUGUCUGAUUAGCACAUAAGUCAACAACAUCAACAAAACUCACCUUUGUGAUUUCGUUGACUUAAUCGUUGCAAAUGCAUUUGCAGGUUAUCCAUAAAUCUCUGUGCCAUGUCCGUCUUAGCAUCGCCGGUCCAAUGUGAAGACACUUUGGUACAUUCAAUGGGGGUCUGGUGGCAGAUUUCUUGCCAGUGGUGCAACUUGAAUCCCUCCCUGUUAGUGUUGUUACACCCUCCGACAACACACCGACGAGGCAUGAUGUCUCCAAGGUUCCAAAAAAUAGUCGAAAAAACGGAAAAUAACAGAGCUGAGACCCGGUGUUUGUAAUGUCCAUCCAUCCAUUUUCUACCGCUUAUUCCCUCUUGGGGUCGCGGGGGCGCUGGCGCCUAUCUCAGCUUGUAAUGUGAAAAUGAAAAUGGCGGGUGUGUUACAUCGGUGACGUCACGUUCUGAUGUCAUUGCUACACGACCGAUAAACAGAAAGGCGUUUUAUUCGCCAAAAUUCACCCAUUUAGAGUUCGGAAAUCGGUUAAAAAAUUACAUGGUCUUUUUUCUGCAACAUCAAGGUAUAUAUUGACGCUUACAUAGGUUUGCUGAUAAUGUUCCCCUUUUAAGGAAAGAAUGAAUGGGGCCAUGUAUCGUGAGAUUUUGAGCCAAAACCUCCUUCCAUCAGUGAGAGCUUUGAAUGGUUGACCAAAUACUUAUUUUCCACCAUAAUUUACAAAUAAAUUCUGUAAAAUUCCUACAAUGUGAAUUUUUUUUUUCACAUUCUGUCUCUCACAGUUGAAGUGUACCUAUGAUGAAAAUUACAGACCUCUGUCAUCAUUUUAAGUGGGAGAACUUGCACAAUCGGUGGCUGACUAAAUACUUUUUUGCCCCACUGUAGGUUAGAAAAAAACUGCAUUAUUAUUAUUUUUUUAAUGCACCAGCACAUGCGUUCCUUAGCUAGAAAAAAACAAAAACAAACGAAACACCGGGUUUGAAAUCAGGCCAAAGACGUGGCAGACUUUUCAACAUCUGCUUCAUGCCUCUUAAGCCCCCAGAUAUCCAAACCUUACAAGGGCCACUAAACGAACUUGACAACAAGCCGCAAAAUGCAAAGCGUCAACACAUUUUUUUUUUUUCCAAGUGCGCUGAGAGCCAAAGUAAAGUGUUUUGCAAAAGGCCAAGGAAGAAAAAAGGGAAAGUAAAUGAGUGUUUUUUUUGUACAACGGCGUGCUCGGUGGUCACAACAAACCAUCGCACUUGCUGAGGCACGCAUUAUGCUUUUGUCUGUAAUUGCUGCUCGAAGAAAUAAAAAGAACUGAUUGUCAAAAAUAA